AUGCCACGCCUGCGACUGAGACUGGCAUGUGACUAUGACGAUGCCACGCCUCCCCUCGUCAUCGCCAUUGCCCAUUCCCCCUUCCCUCCCCCUUCCCUCCCCCUUCCCUCCCCCUUCCCUCCCCCUUCCCUCCCCCUUCCUUCCCCCCAUCCCUCCCCCUUCCCUCCUCCCUUCCCUCCCCCUUCCCUCCCCCCUCCCUCCCCCCUUCCCUCCCCCUUCCCUCCCCCCUUCCCUCCCUCCUUCCCUCCCCGUUCCCUCCCCCCUUCCCUCCCCCUUCCCUCCCCCUUCCCUCCCCCUUCCCUCCCCCUUCCCUCCCCCCUUCCCUCCCCCUUCCCUCCCCCUUCCCUCCCCCUUCCCUCCCUCCUUCCCUCCCCGUUCCCUCCCCCCUUCCCUCCCCCUUCCCUCCCCCUUCCCUCCCCCCUUCCCUCCCCCUUCCCUCCCCCCUUCCCUCCCCCUUCCCUCCCCCCUCCCUCCCCACUUCCCUCCACCUUCCCUCCUCCCUUCCCUCCCCCUUCCCUCCCCGUUCCCUCCCCCCUUCCCUCCCCCCUUCCCUCCCCCUUCCCUCCUCCCUUCCCCCUUCCCUCCCUCCUUCCCUCCCCGUUCCCUCCCCCCUUCCCUCCCCCUUCCCUCCCCCUUCCCUCCCCCUUCCCUCCCCCUUCUCUCCCCCUUCCCUCCCCGUUCCCUCCCCCCUUCCCUCCCCCUUCCCUCCCCCUUCCCUCCCCCUUCCCUCCCCCUUCCCUCCCCCCUUCCCUCCCCCCUUCCCUCCCUCCUUUCCUCCCCCCCUCCCUCCCCGUUUCCUCCCCCCUUCCGUCCCCCUUCCCUCCCCCUCCCUCCCCCCUUCCCUCCCCCUUCCCUCCCUCCUUCCCUCCCCCUUCCCUCCCCCUUCCCUCCCCCUUCCCUCCCCCUUUACCUCCCCUCUUCCCUCCCCCCUUGCCCUCCCCAUUACCUCGGGAGCGCCACGUGUCUAUUGAGGCUGCUUGUAACGGGGGGGCCUCCGCGCCGCACAGCCAUCGCAAAUCCGCGAUUCAUCCCCUCCUACGCACGUUCCCGCCCGCCUCUCCGCGCUUCCCCCGCAACCACCUUCUGCCUCCACUUGCCAUGUCCGCCGCGCUCGCGCGAACCCGUGUUGAUGGCAACGUCAAGCUGAGGCGCACAGGAGGAGCGGCGCGCGCAACGGGCGGAAAGCAGCCGCGCGCCACGCGGGGGGCGCAGGGGGGUGCGGAGGAGCCGAGAGCGGUGGGAGGUGCGAGCGAUGAGGAUGGAAAGGGGUUGCGCAUGAGAUGCGCGCAUGAGGGGCUCAACGCGCCGAAACGUCUCGCGAAAGCGACGUGA